AUGCCGGGCGCCGGUACUUUCAAAAUCUUCGUCGGGAAUCUUUCCGAUAAAACAACGGACGCCGAUCUUAGACCGCUAUUCGAAAAAUACGGUACGGUCGUAGAAUGCGAUAUCGUCAGAAAUUACGGUUUCGUUCACAUGGAAAACGAACAAGUUGGCCGCGAAGCCAUACAGAAUUUAAACGGAGAGAUAGUUCAUGGCCAGGCCAUCAAAAUAGAAGCCGCCAAGAGCCGAAAGGCCCCGUCGACGCCGACCACAAAAAUAUUCGUCGGUAACCUAACGGACAAGACGCGCGCGCCCGAAGUCCGCGAGCUGUUUCAGAAGUUCGGCACGGUUGUCGAGUGCGAUAUAGUUCGUAACUAUGGCUUCGUGCACCUGGACGCGUCGGGUGACGUGAACGAAGCUAUCAAAGAACUGAACGGUAUGAUGGUGGACGGACAGCCCAUGAAGGUGCAGCUGUCUACGAGCCGCGUCCGCCAGCGGCCGGGUAUGGGCGACCCCGAGCAGUGCUACCGCUGCGGUCGGGGCGGCCACUGGUCCAAGGAGUGCCCCAAGGCGCUGGGCCCUGACCGGAACGGUUUCCGCGAUCGAGCAUUCGGCCGCGACCCCUACCCCCCGCCGCCGCCGCCGCCGUUCCUUCGCGAUCGCAUGAUGGGAGGAUUUGGGGAUCCCUAUGAUGGGUACUAUGAUCGCGCGAGGUUCGAGUCACCUCGUGACCUCUUCGAGCGCCGCUACCCUGUGGGCGCUUCGCGCGGGCUAGAGAUGGGAGCGUCUCGCGGUGGGCGCGGGGACUUCGUGUCGCCGCCGCUCCGCCGCGAGCCUAUGCCGCCAAUGCCGAGUCUGCCGCCGAUGCGCAGUGGGAUGGGAUCUAUGAGGUCGUCGUAUGAUGCUAUGUACAGCAGGAGAAGUCCCCCUCAAGGGCCCCAAAUGUCCCGGGGAAUGUACGAAGACUUUAGUCGUGACACAUUUGAUGAUAGAAGACCGGGAAUGCGAGGACCUUCUCCCUCCAGAAGAUACGCGCCUUACUAG